GUGGUGGAGAAGAAGAUAAAGAAGAAGGCGGUGUAGCUAUGGCGAGGCGAAACUCAGAAAACGUGCCUCCUCAUAGAAGAAACUCCAAUGGGGGUAUGCGGCUUUCAAUGGAACGUAUCAGUGAAGUGCCUGAGAAGAAACCCAGAAAAUCCAUUCGUCUUUCUUUCAUGUGGCUUAUGAGGAAAAACCAGUCUACUACUGCAGACAGCUUUGACAAUAGCCUACUGGUGGAUGCUAAUGAGGACGAAAGUGAUUAUGAUGAUGAGAGGCCCGACAGUGUUGAUGACAAAGUUGGACAAAAGGAAAUGAGAAAGGGUAUUAAUUUGGCAACCACGCUUGAGCGUAUAGAGAAAAACUUUGUCAUUACCGAUCCCAGGUUGCCUGAUAAUCCCAUUAUCUUUGCCUCUGAUAGCUUCUUGGAGCUGACAGAGUAAGGAAAUCCUGGGCAGAAAUUGCAGGU